AUGGUUAAUGUUAUAUUUAAGGAUUUCAAGAAGGAGAAGAUACCUUUAGAUUUAGAGCCAUCGAAUACAAUCUUAGAUGUCAAGUCUCAAUUAGCUCAAGCUAAAGCAUGCGAAGAAUCACAAAUCAAAAUAAUUUACUCGGGGAAAGUACUACAGGAUGGUCAAACUGUUGAAGAAUGUCAAUUAAAGGAAGGUGAUCAAAUCAUUUUUAUGAUCUCGAAGAAGAAGUCUACCGUGACUAAAGUGACAGAACCUCCAGCUGCAGCUGCAGCUCAAGCUCAAGCUCCAGGUGCUAACCCAGAAAUUACUACUGCAUCGAACUCAGCUACACCAGGACUCAUCGAAACUGCUGCGGCAUCAGGGACUCCAGAAGGGACACCACAAACUGGGAACGAUACUACUGCAUCAGCUUCUGCUAAUACGGCAACAGAUGCUGGUGCUCCUGCUACCACUACUGCUGCUACAGAACUAUCGCCAUCAUCAGCAGGCUUUGUUACAGGAACACAACGUAACGAAACUGUCGAAAGAAUCAUGGAAAUGGGGUACGAAAGAGAAGAAGUUGAACGUGCAUUGAGAGCAGCUUUUAAUAAUCCAGACAGAGCUGUCGAAUAUUUAUUGAUGGGUAUUCCAGAAAAUCUUCAACAACAGCACCAACAACAACAACAACAACCGACUCAAGCUUCACCACAAAAUAUCGCUAAUGAGGGAUCUGCAACAGCUACUGCCACUGGAGAUGAUGCGCAUGCGGAAGAACCACCUGCUGAAGAUGAUUUGUUUGCACAAGCGGCUCAAGGUUCUGGAAAUGCAGGAAGUGCAGGUAGUGCUGUCGGUGGAUCCACCGGUGAGGGAACACCAGGUUCCAUUGGUUUAACCAUUCAAGAUUUAUUGUCGUUAAGACAAGCUGUGUCUGGUGACCCAGAAUCAUUAUCAUCAUUAUUGGAAAAUUUGAGUACAAGAUAUCCUCAACUUCGUGAACAAAUAAUGUCCAAUCCACAAACUUUCAUUUCCAUGUUAUUAGAAGCUGUCGGUGAUAACUUACAAAGUUUAGAAGGACUAGGUGAUAUUGGUGGGGACUUAGGAGAAAUCAAUGAGGGGGAUAAUGAUACUAUGGGAGAAGCUUCUGCUGCACCUCCAACCAUUCAAUUAACACCUGAAGAUGAACAAGCAAUCUCUCGUUUAUGUGAACUAGGAUUUGAACGUUCUCUUGUCAUCCAAGUUUAUUUUGCAUGUGAUAAAAAUGAAGAAAUCGCCGCCAAUAUGUUAUUCAGUGAUUAUGCUGAUUGA